AUGGGAAUGUGGGAUCCCCAGGGAAGGGGGGUGAGGCAGGGCCCCCCCUCCCCAUGGCUGUCACAUCGCUGUCCCUGGUGCCACCUCCCCCCUGAAGCCCCGGCUGUCCCCGUCCCCUCGCAGGUGGGGGAGAUCCUGAGCUCCGCGGACCCCUCGGCCAAGGCCAGGCUGACCAUCAGCUGCCCCGAUUUUGGGGAGUGGAGGGACUCGGGCCUGGAGCAUCACAACCUCCAGGACUUCAUCGAGCUGCGCUACAACCCGGGCUGCGUCCUGCCGGAGAUGGAGGGGCUGGAGGAGUUCAUGGAGUACCUGUCGGAGUCGCUGGAGCCCCAGUCCCCCUUCGACCUCCUGGAGCCCCCCACCAUGGUGGGAUUCCUCAAGCUCUCCAAGCCCUGCUGCUAUAUCUUCCCGGGCGGGAGAGGGGACUCUGCUUUCUUUGCCGUCAACGGCUUCAACGUCUUGGUCAACGGGGGCUCCAACCCCAAAUCCUCCUUCUGGAAGCUGGUCCGGCACCUGGACCGCAUCGACUCCAUCCUGGUGACGCACGCGGGCACGGACAGCCUGCCUGGCAUCAACAGCCUGCUCCAGAGGAAGCUGGCCGAGCUGGAGGAGGACCCAUCCCAGUCCCAGAGCUCCCAGGGCAACGGGGACUGGGCCAAGAACCUCAUCUCCCCGGAGCUGGGCGUCGUCUUCCUCAACGCCUCCGAGAAGCUGAAGGACAUCGAGGGCAACUCCCGGGUGCUGAAGAGCUGCGACGAGGCCGCCCUGACCCUGCACUACCUGGAGAAGUUGGGCAUCCGCCCCAACCUGCUGGCCCGGGACAGCGGCCCCCGCGCCGAGCCCACCGUGCUCUUCCAGAAGAUGGGAGUGGGCCGGCUGGACAUGUACGUGCUGAACCCCGUGAAGGGCACCAAGGAGCUGGAGUUCCUCCUGCAGCAGUGGGCGGGGAACGGGUACCCCAAGGAGCAGGACCUGCCCCUGCAGUGCCUGACCUCCGUGUGCGUCCUGCUCGUCUGGCACCCCGUGAGCCGCUACGAGAAGAUCAUCCGGGUGCUCUUCCCCGGCUGCACCCCCCAGGCCCGCAUCCUGGAGGGGCUGGAGAAGGUGAAGCACCUGGAGUUCCUCAGGCACCCCGUGGUCACCAAGAAUGAUCUGAAGGGGGUGUCGGCGUCCCCGCCGGAGAAGCCGCUGAAGCAGAGGAGGGCGGAGAGCAAGGAGAGCCUGAAGUCGGGCUCCAAGCUCAGCCUGGUGGAGGCCGGGGCACCGGUGCCCAAGGAGAAGACUCCGAAGGUGGAGAAGAAGGAGGUGAAGGUUGGGGCCAAGGAGAAGGCAAAAUCCAUGGGGGAGACGGCCAGAACGGGGUUGGAAGAGGAGAAAGCCAAGGAUGCUCGAGCCAAGGCGGACUCUGCGGUGGAGAAGGCGAAGGGAGACAUGAAGGCGAAGCUGAACAAGGAGAAAGCGGCUCCCAAGAAGGAGCCAGUUCCCAAGAAAGAGGAGAAGAAGCUGCCAAAGAAGGACGAGGGGGCCGAGGGGAAAGGGGAGGCCAAGAAGGAGGUGAAGGUGGUGAAGAAGGAGGCGAAGGCCGAGACGCUGCGGAAGGACAUGAAGGAGAGCAAGGCAGAGGCCAAGGCUCCGGCCAAGAUUCCGGCACGGAAAACGCCGGUCCCGGAGACCCGCAAACCCCUGGCCAAGGCCGGCAGCAUCAAGAAGCCGCCCCUCAAGAAGGAGCUGGAGAAACCCAAGGCUAAAACCCCGCGGGAGGCGGGUGCCAGGAAGGAUCCGGGGACGUCGGAUGGCUCCAAGUCCUCCUCCCCCGAGGACAUGCUGCCGGAGGCCGAGCGGGAGCCGGGACCCGGCGGGAGGAGGAGGAAGGAGGAAUCCACGGACGAGGGCAUCGCCACGGCCGAGAGCGAGCUGGAGCCUUUAUCCCUGGAGAACGGGGGGGCCAGGCGGCCGGGGGACUCCUCCUGCCUGGAGAACGGCCUGGAGGACCCCGACAGCCCCCAGCGCCUCCGCUACCUGGAGAGCAGCCCCCUGAGGGCCGUGUGCCCCCCCUCGCCCAUGGCCAAGACCCCCAAGAGCGACCGCAGCGUCAACUUCGACCUGACGCCCACCGGGCUGCUCAACCACGGCCCCGAGGGCGCCGAGGACCCCUGCGGCAGCUCCGAGGAGAAGACCCUGGAGAUGAUGUCCCCGGCCAGCUCGGGCGCUUCCAGGAGGUGGAAGAAGCCCAUCUCCGCCACAUGA